CGUCACGCCCCUGGGUUUGUAUAAAUACAGUAGCACUCGCAUUCAACGGCAGAUUUUUCCUACGAACAAGAGGACACGUACAUUUUCAGAGGCAACAAGCUUUUCUAAAAGAUGCAGAUCUUUGUCAAAACCCUCACUGGUAAGACCAUCACCCUUGAGGUCGAGCCAAGUGACACCAUUGAGAAUGUGAAAGCCAAGAUCCAGGAUAAAGAAGGCAUUCCCCCUGACCAGCAGAGGUUGAUCUUUGCCGGCAAACAGCUAGAAGAUGGCCGCACACUGUCUGACUACAACAUCCAGAAAGAGUCCACCUUGCAUCUGGUGCUACGUCUCAGGGGAGGCAUGCAGAUCUUUGUCAAGACCUUGACAGGCAAAACCAUCACCCUUGAGGUUGAGCCAAGUGACACAAUUGAGAAUGUGAAGGCCAAAAUCCAGGACAAAGAAGGCAUUCCCCCUGACCAGCAGAGGUUGAUCUUUGCCGGCAAACAGCUAGAAGACGGCCGCACACUCUCAGACUACAACAUCCAAAAAGAAUCCACCUUGCAUCUGGUGCUGCGUCUCAGGGGAGGCAUGCAAAUCUUCGUCAAGACCCUCACUGGCAAAACCAUCACCCUUGAGGUUGAGCCAAGUGACACCAUUGAGAACGUCAAGGCCAAGAUCCAGGACAAAGAAGGCAUUCCCCCUGACCAGCAGAGGUUGAUCUUUGCCGGCAAACAGCUAGAAGACGGCCGCACACUCUCAGACUACAACAUCCAAAAAGAAUCCACCUUGCAUCUGGUGCUGCGUCUCAGGGGAGGCAUGCAAAUCUUCGUCAAGACCCUCACUGGCAAAACCAUCACCCUUGAGGUUGAGCCAAGUGACACCAUUGAGAACGUCAAGGCCAAGAUCCAGGACAAAGAAGGCAUUCCCCCUGACCAGCAGAGGUUGAUCUUUGCCGGCAAACAGCUAGAAGACGGCCGCACACUCUCAGACUACAACAUCCAAAAAGAAUCCACCUUGCAUCUGGUGCUGCGUCUCAGGGGAGGCAUGCAAAUCUUCGUCAAGACCCUCACUGGCAAAACCAUCACCCUUGAGGUUGAGCCAAGUGACACCAUUGAGAAUGUGAAGGCCAAAAUCCAGGACAAAGAAGGCAUUCCCCCUGACCAGCAGAGGUUGAUCUUUGCCGGCAAACAGCUAGAAGAUGGCCGCACACUCUCAGACUACAACAUCCAGAAAGAAUCCACCUUGCAUCUGGUGCUGCGUCUCAGGGGAGGCAUGCAAAUCUUCGUCAAGACCCUCACUGGCAAAACCAUCACCCUUGAGGUUGAGCCAAGUGACACCAUUGAGAAUGUGAAGGCCAAAAUCCAGGAUAAAGAAGGCAUUCCCCCUGACCAGCAGAGGUUGAUCUUUGCCGGCAAACAGCUAGAAGACGGCCGCACACUCUCAGACUACAACAUCCAGAAAGAAUCCACCUUGCAUCUGGUGCUGCGUCUCAGGGGAGGCAUGCAAAUCUUCGUCAAGACCCUCACUGGCAAAACCAUCACCCUUGAGGUUGAGCCAAGUGACACCAUUGAGAAUGUGAAGGCCAAAAUCCAGGACAAAGAAGGCAUUCCCCCUGACCAGCAGAGGUUGAUCUUUGCCGGCAAACAGCUAGAAGACGGCCGCACACUCUCAGACUACAACAUCCAGAAAGAGUCCACCUUGCAUCUGGUGCUGCGUCUCAGGGGAGGCAUGCAAAUCUUCGUCAAGACCCUCACUGGCAAAACCAUCACCCUUGAGGUUGAGCCAAGUGACACCAUUGAGAAUGUGAAGGCCAAAAUCCAGGACAAAGAAGGCAUUCCCCCUGACCAGCAGAGGUUGAUCUUUGCCGGCAAACAGCUAGAAGACGGCCGCACACUCUCAGACUACAACAUCCAGAAAGAGUCCACCUUGCAUCUGGUGCUGCGUCUCAGGGGAGGCAUGCAAAUCUUUGUCAAGACCCUCACUGGCAAAACCAUCACCCUUGAGGUUGAGCCAAGUGACACUAUUGAGAAUGUGAAGGCCAAAAUCCAGGACAAAGAAGGCAUUCCCCCUGACCAGCAGAGGUUGAUCUUUGCCGGCAAACAGCUAGAAGACGGCCGCACACUCUCAGACUACAACAUCCAGAAAGAGUCCACCUUGCAUCUGGUGCUGCGUCUCAGGGGAGGCAUGCAAAUCUUCGUCAAGACCUUAACAGGCAAGACCAUCACCCUUGAGGUUGAGCCAAGCGACACCAUUGAGAAUGUCAAGGCAAAGAUCCAGGACAAAGAAGGCAUUCCCCCUGACCAGCAGAGGCUGAUCUUUGCUGGCAAACAGCUGGAAGAUGGUCGUACCCUGUCCGACUACAACAUUCAGAAAGAGUCCACCUUGCAUCUUGUGCUGCGUCUUAGGGGAGGUUCAGAUAUUUAAACGGACAAUCUCAGAGACGGACAUUUAAUUCUUUCAGUAUCCUGUGCUCAUGCACUCACCACUUUGUUUUGUUUUUUUGUUUUUUUUUUUUUUUUUUUUUUUUUUUUUUUUUCCCCCUCUUCCCCCUCUUCCCCCCCAUACUUUAAUACUGAAUACCAUUGCAUUUUAUGUUUUUCCACCUGUUUGUUUUCUAUGUUCAAAAUGACAAAAUAAAAGCAUUGAAAUGUAAGAA